GCAGUCAUUUUUUUUCUCCUGCUGGACUGAAAGGAGGAGGCUAGCGUGUUUCCCAUGGCUACACCAAGCUUUCACGAGGGGGUUAUUUGCAUUCCUAACCAGCCGUUGGUGACAUAAUUAUAGUUAUAUUACUAGUAUCUUUAAAACUGGCAGUUGUUAUAUGGCACCAUUAUUCAAACAAGUGCCCGGGAAAAUAAAAGAGAUGGUAGGGACCGGGAGGAAAGAUCAGCUCCAGGAGUCGUGACGUCGCCCCGAGCUCUGACAUGAGGAGGAUUGUUUGGCUGUAACCCUGCCCAGACCGGAGGCUGCUGGUAGGGAUGGUGCCGCUGUGAAGAGCCGGUGUGCCGUUUGCGGAGGACAUGCCUGCGGUCGGAGGAAAAGUGAGGAAGUGCCUGGACAACAUGACUGUUUUCAACCCAGAAAAUGUUGAGGAAUUUUACGUAAUUGGAGACGAGCUGGGGAGUGGCCAGUUUGCUGUGGUCAGAAGAUGUCGGCACAGGAAUACUGGUGUAGAGUAUGCAGCCAAAUCCAUCAAGAAGCGGCGCAGCAAGUCGAGUCGACGAGGGGUGACAAGGGAAGACAUCGAGCGUGAGGUGAACAUCCUGAAGGAGAUCCAGCACCCCAACAUCAUUACGCUCCAUGAGGUCUUUGAAAACAAGGCAGAGGUCAUCCUGAUCCUGGAGCUCGUGGCCGGCGGUGAACUCUUCGACUUCCUGGCAGAGAAGGAGUCGCUAAGCGAGGAGGAAGCCACGCAGUUCCUCAAGCAGAUCCUGGAUGGAGUCUUCUACCUGCACGCCAAACAAAUCGCUCACUUUGACCUUAAGCCAGAGAACAUCAUGCUACUGAGCCGCUCAGUGCCUCACCCGCGCAUCAAGCUCAUUGACUUCGGCCUGGCCCACAAGAUAGAUUUUGGCAAUGAUUUUAAAAACAUUUUUGGAACUCCAGAAUUUGUAGCUCCAGAAGUAGUCAACUAUGAACCUUUGGGCCUGGAGGCAGACAUGUGGAGUGUUGGUGUGAUAACCUACAUCCUUCUGAGUGGUGCGUCUCCCUUCCUGGGUGACAACAAGCAGGAGACUCUGGCCAACGUGUCGGCCGUCGACUACACGUUCGACGAGGAGUUCUUCAGCAGCACCAGCGUCCUGGCCAAAGACUUCAUAGCAAGGCUCCUUGUCAAAGACCCCAAAAAGAGAAUGACCAUUCAGGACAGCCUCCAGCACCCCUGGAUCAAGCCAAAAGACACUCAACAAGCACUGAGCAGGAAGGAGUCGGCUGUCAACAUGGAGAAGUUCAAGAAGUUUGCGGCUCGAAGGAAAUGGAAACAAUCCGUCCGACUGAUCUCCUUAUGCAACCGCCUGUCCCGCUCUUUCCUGUCAAGAAGCAACAUGAGUGUGGCGCGCAGUGACGACACAUUGGACGAGGAAGACUCCUUUGUGAUGAAAGCCAUCAUCCAUGCCAUAAACGACGACAACGUGCCCGGUCUGCAGCACCUGCUCAGCUCCUUGAACAGUUACGACGUCAACCAGCCCAACAAGCAUGGGACUCCUCCCCUCCUGAUUGCAGCCGGCUGUGGCAACGUUCAGAUCAUCGAGGUGCUGAUGAGGAAAGGUGCAGAGAUCCAGGCCAAUGACAAGAGUGGAGCCAACGCUAUCUACUACGCAGCGAGACACGGCCACGUCGAGACCCUGAAAUUCCUCCAUGAAAAGAAAUGCCCUCUGGAUAUUCAAGAUAAGUCUGGUGAGACUGCUCUUCACGUGGCGGCCCGCUAUGGCAACGUGGAUGUGGUGAACUACCUGUGCAGCAUCCGAGCCAACCCAGACCUGGCUGACAGGGAGCAGGAGACCCCGCUGCAUUGUGCUUCGUGGCACGGAUACUCGCCAGUAGCUCGAGCUCUCUGCCAGGCAGGCUGCCACGUGGAUGCAAAGAACCGCGAGGGGGAGAGUCCGCUGCUGACGGCAUCUGCUCGGGGCUUUGUGGACAUUGUAGAGUGUCUGGUGACGCACAGGGCCGAUCUAGAGGCGACUGACAAGGACGGACACACAGCCCUCCACCUGGCCGUACGGAGGUGUCAGGUUGAAGUGGUCCGCUGCCUCCUCAGACACCACUGCCACCUGGACCAGCAGGAUCGCCAUGGCAACACGCCGCUGCACAUUGCAUGUAAGGACGGAAACCUACCCGUCGUCACAGCGAUCUGCAGCGCCAAGGCCAGCCUUGACCUCCCAAACAAGUAUGGCAGAACUCCGCUCCACCUGGCUGCGAACAACGGGAGCCUCGAGGUUGUCCGUCAUCUCUGCCUGGCUGGAGCUAACAUUGACGCCGUCACCAACGAUGGAAAGACGGUAGAGGAUUUGGCUCAUACUGAUCAACAUGAACUCAUCGUUUCUUUGCUGGGAAAGCUUAAAAAGGACAACCACAAGCUGAGCUACAUCCAGCAGCUGCGGCCCACGCAGACCGUCCAGCCCAGGAUCAAACUGAAGCUGUUCGGACACUCCGGAGCCGGGAAGAGCACCCUGCUGGAGUCUCUGAAAUGUGGCAUCCUGCGCAGCUUCUUCAGGAGGAAGAGGUCACGUAUGACCAACACAACCCGCCACCCCAACUCCCCCAUCAACUCCAAACCUGCUGUGUCGGUGAGUAUUUCCAACCUGUACCCGGGCUGUGAGAAUGUGAGUGUGCGGAGUCGCAGCAUGAUGUUUGAGCCCAGCCUGACCAAAGGUGUCCUGGAGGUCUUCUCCCCCGUCCACAACGCUCUGUCCACCGCUGACGAACAGGCCACAAAGGCCAUCGACAUCCAGCACGGCAACAUCCACGGUGUGGGGGAGUUCAGCGUGUGGGAGUUUUCGGGGAACCCGGUCUAUUACUGCUCUUACGACUACUUCGCAGCCAACGACACCACGGCGAUCCACCUGGUCCUGUUCAGCCUGGAGGAGUCGUACGAGACCCAGCUGGGACACAUCACCUACUGGCUGAACCUGCUGAAAGCCCUCAACCUGCCGCAGGACAACAUCGCUUUCGGAGGUCGGGUCCAGCAGCCUCUCAUGGUCGUCCUCGUGGCGACGCACGCCGACCUUGCUGACGUCCCCAGAACUUUAUCUGGAGAGUUCAUCUACGACAAGGAGAAAGCGCUGCUCAAGGAAGUCAAGAACAGAUUUGGGGUCGACCUGAACAUCAGUGACCAGUUGUUUGUGACGGACGCCGGAGCCUCAAACUCCAAAGAGAUGAAGCUGCUGAGGUGUCACCUGCAGGAGCUUCGUGCCAACAUCAUCUCUAGGUGUAGUCCCAUGACGCUGCUGUCGGAGCGUUUGCUGACCAUCCUGCCGACCUGGAGGAAGCUGAGUGGACCCAACCAGCUGACGUCAUGGCAACAGUUUGUCAGCGACGUCCAGGAGAACAUCAACCCGCUGGUCAGCCAGGAUCACCUACGCAUACUGGCCCUGCAGCUGCACAGCAUGGGGGAGAUCAACAUCAUGCAGAGUGAGACGGUGCAGGAUGUUGUUCUGCUGGAGCCUCGUUGGCUCUGCAGCAACGUCCUCGGCAAGCUGCUCUCCGUGGAGACCCCCAAGGCCAUCCACCACUACAGGGGGCGCUACAGGCUGGAGGAGGUGCAGGCUCUGGCUCCUGAGAGCGACGUGGACGAGCUGCUGCAGAUCCUGGAUGCCAUGGACGUCUGUGCCCGCGACGCCACCAACCCCUCUAUGGUGGAUGUUCCCGCCCUCAUCAAGACGAACGGCCUCCACCGCUCCUGGACCGAAGAAGAAGAGGAGGAGUCGCUGCUCUAUGGCGGGGUACGUCUUGUCCCCGCGGAGCACCUCACCCCGUUCCCCUGUGGCCUGUUUCACAAACUGCAGGUGAACCUGUGUCGCUGGAGCCACCAGCGGAAGCCUGAGGAGGAGGGCGGGGAGGAUUUCUAUGGCGAUAUUCACCUGUGGACCAACGGAGCCAAGGUGAGCCAGGGAGGAGUGGAGGCCAUGAUCCUGCUCGUCAACCACGGCCAGGGGGUGGAGAUUCAGGUGCGCGGACACGAAUCGGAGCGGGCCAAGUGCUACACCCUGUUGGACACAGCCUGUAGUAUAACGGAGAACCUGCUGGCCUCCACGCUGCCCGGACUGCUCACAGCCAAAUACUACCUGAGUCCCCAGCAGCUGCGGGAGCAUCAUACCCCCAUCAUGAUCUACCAACCCAAAGAUUUCUUCCGGGCCCAGGUCCAGCGGGAGACCUCGCUCACUAACACCAUGGGCGGCUACCGAGAGAGCUUCAGCAGCAUUCUGUCUUUCGGCUGCGCAGAAGUUUACCAGCAGGGGACUCUGGGAAAGGACAUCCACAUAUCAGACGUCCCCCUUUUGGCUCGCAGGAAGCUCUGCCGCAUGCUGGACCCUCCGGACGCUCUGGGGAAAGACUGGUGCCUGCUGGCCAUGAACCUCGGCCUCACAGACUUGGUGGCCAAACACAGCAAUGGGACUCCAAAUGGCGCCCCUGAGCUGGACUCGGACCCAGUCUCCCAGCAGGCUGUGCUGCAGCCCAGCCCGACGGCGGCGCUGCUGCAGGAAUGGAGCGGGCGAGCAGACAGCACAGUGGGCGUGCUGAUGGCCAAACUGAGGGAGCUCGGCCGGCGAGACGCCGCCGACUUCCUGCUCAAAGCUUCUCCUGUUUUCAGGGUCAACAUGGAAGCGGUGGCAGGGGCGGCCAACGGCUACCCCCCCACUUGCAACGGAGGCACAUCGUACAACUCCAUCAGCUCCGUCAUCUCCCGCUGAACUGAACUUGGUCGGCUCUCUCUCCUCGCCCACAAGUCGUGUCGUCCGAGGUUUCCCCUGAAACAGGACUCGUGUGUGUGAAUGAACAUGAAGUGCAAUCGUUCAGUUGUGAACCAGAUGUUGUGUUUGUGCUCUCCACACCUGUACAGCUGAACUUUCCUUCCGAUACGAAUGUUGUGAAAGAGCUGAUUGUCCUGAGCUCCAAAGAGGAACCCUGUGCUUUAUAUUCUGUUUCUGAAUCUUGUUGUGCUGCUUUUUAAUAUCCCUCCUACUCUACUGCACACUGAAGACUCAUCGUACAGCUAAAAUACAGAAAAGCUACAUUUUUAAAGCUCUAGGUAAAGCAAUGAUUAAAAAGAGGGCAGCCUCAUGUUUGGACCUUUUUCAUAUCCAACUUAAAAAACUGAGGACUUGCCAUCUUUUCUCACUCCAUCCAUCACAGUUGCAUAUAAUAUUAUCUCCCUCCUUGCUUCUGUUUUACUGAUGUGACAUUUGGGCCGUUCAGCUUAGUGUUUAAUAAGAUAACAGCAUUUUUCAGAGUGCCUUUGUGGCCUUCUACCUCCCUAAAGAGCACAAAUAGUCUUGUUAUUAUAAAACAAAAACGUAUUUCCAAACAUUUGAAAAACUGUGCCUUGUUGACACUAAUAGGAAAAUUUCAAUCAAGUCUAUAGUCUUAAAAUGGAAAACGCCAUGUUACAUUUCAGACAGGAAACAGGUUAAUGAAGAAAGGAAAAAGAAAGCUAGGCUCAUGUUACAAUUAACUUUUUACUGGCAAAAAAACAAACAGAAAUGUGAAACCAGAGAUCUGCUGUUUUCUCUUCAGCGUUUGGAAGUCGCUGCAGGAGAUGAAACGUCUUAUUAGUGUCAGUGUGGAGUCGCUGUGACGCUCCGCAGGGAAACUACGUCAUUCAUGUUUAAUUUAGGCUGUGGGUUCAUUUUUGGUGACACUUCAUUUUACGGGUUCCUGGAAAGAACUAUGUAAUAUUGAAUGGGCUGUGCUCGGACUAAAAGCAUCUCUAGGUUACACCUGCAGGUACAUUAUGUUUUGAUUGACAUCCAAAACCCAAAUAUUACUACCAGACUAAUAAAACCAGCAAAUCACAUUUUCGUAGCUAGAACUCGUUACUUUUUUGCAUUUUUAAUUUAAAGAUUACUUUUCGGUUAUCAAAAUUGUUACUGGUUCAUUUUCAGUUGAUUGACUAAUGGAUUACUCGGCCGAUAGUUUUGCUAUAACACUAAUCUGCUACAGUAUACUAUGUUUUGCAGCAAGUACACAAGAAAUCAAUAUACUUAGUGCAUUGCAACAGCACACUCGAACAUCAAGUGUCUUAGUCUGCAUACUAACUUCUUUUUGGUAUACUUAAUUUUUGAUUCAAAACCUGCUUCAGAUUAAGUACGUAGUAUUGUUUAUUGUAGUAAACACCUUGACUCAGCAUUUUUCCUAUAAUCAUUACCAAAUUACAAGAUUGUCCUUUCCAGGAACUUUACGAAGAGUUUACAGUUACACAUCAGUUCCUUUCUUUCCAACUCUGGGAGCCGUAAAAUACAUUGUUACUAACUAUUGUUACGACACAUUGUUACACACAAAGGGACCUUUAGCCAUCUUUUAACAGAACGAAGAGAUUUUUCCCCAAAGUGCAGUGUCUUAAUGAAAGGUGUUGAGCCUUCCAGCAACAUGUUAUUGGCUGUAAAGAGUUUAAAAUCAUCAUGGCAGACAGGGUGGAGCUGAUGCUGCGCAGCUUCCUUUACUUUGAAUAAAAAGUGGCAACAAAAUGCAAAAAAAAAAAAAAAGUUCAUGUUUAACAUUUUCUACUAAGCGAAAAGUACAUUUAUUGUGGCCAGUAAACACACCUGACACUGCAGCUUUUAAUGCUUCAACGUCAGGUUUUCUGCACUAGUGACGUCAACAAUCAAGUUACCAUCCACAGUGUCAGAUUCGUACACUCUGUCGAGCUAAAUUUGAGCUUCUCUCGGUAUCGCUGUCGCUGUUGGUCGACCGUGCGUGGCUUCACAUCUUCUUUCACUUUUUGUCUUUUUAUAUCACAAAGCUGCAGCCCGGCUCGGUCAGCAAAAGCAAAGGAAAAGAUGACAUGAAGUUAGUAUUGUUAGCUGAAAAGAGGGGCAAAGACUGCUGCUUUUUGUGUAAUUUUAUAACGUGUGAGAGAUCAGAGGAAUGCUCUUUUUUUUCAUGUGUUGAUGUUUGGAAAAAAAGUCUUUCAUUCCUAAAAAAGUUACACUUUGUGGCGCUUUUUCAGGACACUUUCACAAUUUGCUAGUAAACAGCUGAGCUAAGUGCCAGAGUGCAGUAUUUCCUGUCCGCUUUACUUCCCCAGUGUUACAGUCUGUCUGCAGAGAUACAACUUUAAAUACUAUUUCAGAUACUGUACUUCUCUCAAUAUUUCUGUCUCAGCCUGAACUUGCCAACGACACAGCGAAACUUCCAGCUGUGAUGUAAAUACUCCAGGCCUGUUUCCUCACUUUCCUGUUCACUUGUUUGCCCCAAAUAUGUUCCAAUUUCAAAAGGCAAACUGAAUGUACGACACAUCUCUCCUAAGAAUAUAAAAACAAAUCAAAGAUGAAACUCCACGUGUACAAAAAUGUGACGGAAUUAAAUGUCCCAAACUGGUCAGAUGCAUAUUUUUUCUUAUUUUAUUUUUCUUUAACUUGCUGAAGUUUGCCAAUGCUGUGUGCCUAAAACACACUCGUUCAUUCCUCUUAUUAUUGCCUUGUACAGUAUUCAAGCUGAGAAGUGAUGUUUCAGAAAGGGAAAUUAAUAUUAUGUUUUUGUAAAAGCUGGGAAUCACUAUUAUUAUCAACUUUGUCUCCGCUUGGUGUCUUUUUUCCGGAUGGUUCUGACCCAAACGAGUGGAUUUAAAAGCAUUUUUCAGUAUGUUUUUGUUUGAUGAGGAAAGACGUACUUAAUAUUUUCCCCUCGGACACUGCGGUCGGAUCGCCACAUUGCACACAUUGUUUUUUUGUUGCUAUUUAUGUUACGUUCUUUUAGCAUGUCUUGGAAUGCCAUGUUCUUAGUACUUCUGACACUUUAUAGUGUAAUACAUUUUAUAAUAAAUUCUUUACCUAAUGUCA